AUGCUGGGCACGAAACGUCCUACAUUGUUGUACAACCUGUGCCUACAGUACAUACAUGUAUCAUGUACAAAUGUUUUGCUCUUCAGGCUGAGGAUCUUUGAAGUGUUUGGUUGCUUUAACAUCACUCCAGCCGGAAUACGAAUUCUUGGUCAGACCUGCAGACAGCUUCAAACUCUGAACAUUGGACAGUGUUACAAGAUCACUGACUCAGCCAUUGGUUCCUUAGUAUCUAAUCUCCAAGAGCUGGAGAAUCUUGAUCUGCGAGGAUGCAAGCAGGUUCGUGAUUCAGCUGUCAAAAAGAUCGUGCGUCACUGUCCACUUGUCACUACUCUUGCGCUCGCUAACUGUCCUCUGAUCACGGAUGUGUCUUUAGCAGAAAUUGCCAACAAUCUUCCAAGAAUAAGGUCUCUGGAUAUAUGCGGCUGUUCUAAUGUGAGUGAUAAUGGUAUCUGUACACUGUCCAAAAGCUGCCAUAGACUGGAAUUGUUAGACCUGACGUCUACUGGAGUUGGUCACAAGAGCGUCUUGUCUCUUGCUAACUACUGUAGUCAGAGUUUGUGUAAUUUGAAGCUAAGUUUCUGUACAGACAUUUCUGAAAACACGGUGGUUCAUCUCGCUAAACGCUGCAAAAGGCUAACCACACUUCACUUGUAUGGCUGCAAGCGGAUACGUAACACAUCUGACCUCAGAUUACUCAACCCCUCGCUCACUAUCGAGUGUUAGCUUGUUUGUAAUCCAGUGACACUGUACAUUAUUUCUUAGGGGUAGGGUGGGGAGGAUCGAUACGUCGAUGCGUGACUAUGUCACAUAUGUCACACAAUCUUUGCUGAUGCUUGAAACAUUGCGUUCAUUUGACUGUAUUUCGAUGUUAUUUUUGUAUUUUUUUGUAAACCAUCCCCUGCUUGGAAAACGUGGAGAACUGAAAAUUGUGCCUGAUCACAGGGAAUCCUUCAUCUCCACGGCUUGCAAGUAAUAAUUUUGUUGCUCCGUUAUUUCAAAGCGUUGUUGAUAGGUUUUGUAUAUAAAAGGCCAAAAAUAUUUUAAUGUAGCAAGUGAUUUAAGUAGUCUUAAAAUAAUUAGAUAACUAGAGUAUUAUUUAACUAGAUAAUAUAAUGACUUAUAAGAGUGGUAGGAAAUUCUGUUUCCUUUAUUGGAUUACUAGGAUCACGUGUUUAGCUUAAUGCGCAGGUUCGAUAUCUCUUGGCUGCUUUGAGUAAAUUUCUUGUACCUUAAAGUUUUUUCGGUGUGCGUUGAGAAAAAUGUUUCGUCUGGGAACUGAAAACGCCUGCAGAAAAAUUUCAGCGCAUGUCUGCCGUGUCUGCGCACUGCCCAGAAGGACACCCUCUGGUGUCAUUUUCUGCUCACGUAGACGAGAGAAAAGUGCAGGGCUGAUGCGGAGUAUGUGAUUCACGAUGAGGUAGGGGGUGGAGAAAGGAGGCCUGGAGGGGGAGGGGGCAGGAUUGUGGGAGGGGAUUUCGAAACAAAUGAAUUGUUAAAUAAAGUAAAUGUGGGUAAACUAGAGAUAAUUUUCACACAGCUCUCGUAAUCCUCUCAAGAAUCAAGUGGGGAGCGAGGGCAUAUGGAUGUACAGAAUAGUAAUUAUUUAAAAAAAUGAAACAAGAGUGAGCCGAGAUUGUUCAUUGUGGAUUGGUUUUAAUUUGAGUCUUCUGGAACUGUGCUAGUCGUUAUAUCUUAUUUUUGUCUGAAUGGAUAUUGUGGCGAAAGAAUAUUGUGUUUAUUGAUGUAAAACAUUGCUGUGCUAACAAAUAUUUUUUCAAAUCACUAAUUUCUACUCAUUUCACUCUCGAAUUAAAGGACUUCGCUGUUCUUUCGUCAA